UUCCUUACGUAUAUGGCGUACAUGUCAGAAAAAUGUACACGAGUGCAUGAGCGGGAGGCGGCGCUUGGCUCGUUUUCUCUUGGUUUUCGGAGGAGGUUCCCCCAGUUCAAACUCCGGCACUGUAGACUGGGGAAACAAUCUUCGCCGCCCUCGCUGGAUUCCGGUCCGCUGGCGACCGCCGACUUGUACCGGAGCUGCUCACCUGCCCGAUAAGACAGCAGAGUUUGGAGGUAAAGAAACGACAAAAAGAAAAGAAGAAUGUGUCCGUCCUGAAGUCGGAGACACGCUGUCUUUUCUGGGAUCCCACAUUGGAACUGUGUACUUCCAAGCCAACGGACCUACAGUAAAGGGGCAUUUUCGACGCUCACAUCUAUGGCGUUUUUAAUGAAGAAGAAGAGGUUUAAGUUUCAGACCAGCUUCACCCUGGAGGAACUCUCCGCCGUGCCCUUCGUCAACGGCAUGCUUUUCUGCAAGAUCCGGCUCCUGGACGGCGGCGAGUUUACCUGUACAUCAUCAAGGGAGGAGGUCCAGGAGAACUCCGUUCGCUGGAAGAAGAGGUUCUCCUUCAUCUGCAAGAUGAGCGCCAGCUCCACCACAGGAGUGCUGGAUCCGUGCAUGUGCCGUGUGUCGGUCCGCAAGGAGCUGAAAGGUGGGAAGAGCUUCUCUAAGCUGGGCUUUGCUGAUCUCAACAUGGCAGAGUUCGCUGGCUCGGGGUCCACAGUGCGCUGCUGUUUGCUGGAGGGGUAUGACACCAAGAACACGAGGCAGGACAACUCCAUCCUCAAGGUUACAAUCGCAAUGACACUUUUAUCUGGAGAUCCAUGUUUUAAAAGACCCCCUAGCACUGCAAAGACCAUCUCUAUGCCGGGGCAGGACCACUCACUGCAGCCUGACUGUAAAGGGGCGGGGACUGCAGCACCUGGCACACCAGCCGGGGUCGUCAUGGCACCAGGGCGCUUUCCCAAACCCAAACCUACAGUCGGCUCAGUCCCAGGUCUGCCGGAGGAGGCUGAUCAGAGCCCGCUCCAGAGCCGGUCCAGCCCGGAUGAGGUCUUCCACUCGGGUCACUCCCGUAACUCCAGCUACACUAGCCAACACAGCAAAAUAUCAGGUGACAUAGACACGCACAAAUCUGCCCUUCGUUUGACUUCUGGGUACAGCACAGAGCACUCGCACUCCUCCAGCCUGACGGACCUCACACAUCACCGCAACACCUCAACCAGCAGCAGCAUCUCUGGGGGGCUUGCCGAGCCGGAAAAGGAGCCUGAGAAGCCACCCCGACCAGAGAAACCCCCCCGGCCACCAAGGCCAGCCCUGCCCCCCAACAGGCCUUCAAGGAGGACAAAGGUGUCUGUGGAGAAUCACCCUAGCUGGGUGGACGAUACCCGCAUGGACGCGGAUGACAUUGUGGAUAAGAUUGUCCAGAGCCAGAACUUCGCUGAUGUCAGCAACAACGAAGACAGCAAUCUGAGACUGUUUGUCAGCAGGGAUGGUACUACUGCGCUUGGUGGGAUUCAGCUGGGGGCUAACAGGGUGUCAGCUGGUGUCUUCGAACCCGUGGUGAUCGAAAGCCAUUAGAAGCCCUGGAGGUUCCGGCUUCAGCAUUCUCCAGCCCCCCCUCCCCCGCCCCGAUUCACCCCUUCCCCCUGGUUUUGGAAAAUAGAGAAGGGGACGAGUAGCUUCAGCCUGGGGUGGUGCAGGACACUGCUACUUCCUGUGGAUUCCCUGUCUCCUGCUGUAUUGUGUGUUUGUGUUUGUUUGUGUGUGUGUUUGUGAGAGAGAUUGAGAGAGAGAACAUGUGGUUUUCAUGGUGUUUAUGAGCAAGACAGACAAAGCACUUCACUGAACUCCACCAGGCCAUAACAUUACAAAACCGAUGGAAUGAUAUAGUACCAUCCAAAGGUUAGGGUGGAUUCAAUGGUGGUAAUUACGAAUAUCACAUAUUUAUUGUUAUAGUUACUAAUUGGAAUGGUAUAUUCAAAAGACCAUAAGUAUUCAAGUUAUGUGGCAGCAUGGCAGUGCAUUGUGGGAGCUGUAGUGCCACAUUUAUAAGUGGAGGACUACAAGUCCUAUGGAACCUUUUUUUGUUCCAAAUGACAAAGGGAGCAACUACAGAAACAACUUUUUCCCCCUUGCAUUGGGUUUUGGGAAGUGUGUGUUCGCAUGGUGCUACCAAGUGGCAUGGUUUGACUUGACUUGCUCCCCUCACAUCACAGCCUGGCACAAGAAACAUAUAAAGCUCACUAUUGGUAGCUAUGCUUCAACACUGAAUCAUUUCAAGUCGUGCCUAUAGGUUGGUUAUGUGCUCAGCAGGAAACGACCUGGAGCAUUCUUAGUUCUUUAUAUACAAUAUGUAUUUCUGUCAAUAAGCUAAUAAGGAGAGUAUGGAAAGUAGCUGAUUGUAGGGUUGAGAUAGAUACGCAAAGAUGCCGUGGCUGAAGUGAGCAGAGCAGAAAAAAAUCUGUGUUGGUGAUCUGUGCUUCUCAGUUUGGUCCUGGACAGCUGAGCAGGUUUGAUCAUGCAUACAGACUGACCACCCAGUCAUUCAAAGAUUGUAGCUUAGUCUCCAUGGAGACAGAGUGACCAAGGUAGCUCUGCCGAUGAGGUGCUGGGGGUUGAUGGGGGCAACCUGUUGCAUUGUGGGUAUGGUGGCAGCUGACAUGCUGGGUUAUGUCUUAUUUCACAGCAUACCUGUACAGGGCAGUGGUGGAGAGUGGAAAUGUUUCCCGAUGGAGAGGGCUGCCUUCUCCCCCCACAAUAAAUGUGCUGUGCACUGUUUUAGACCCCCCACCCCCUCAUGGGCAAGUCUCCACGGAUAACGUGUCAGAGACUUAACAUCAGAGACUGUGAUGGAAAUGGAUAUAAAGAGGGCAGAUUAUUCUGCACAUUGUAGGUGUCUUUGUCUUUUAGGAACACCAUAAUAUGUUGAAUACAUUAAAGUAUGGCAAUAAUCUACAGACUUUUGUUAAUCUAAGCUUCAUUUCCCUUAUGAUGCUUCUUAAUAUUGUGAAAAAGGUGCUGGGUUUGGGCUGAAUAGGGUUCGGUGUUAAAACAUCUGAGACACAGCUACUGACACGAUAAUGUGAUCACCAAAAUAUUCCCCACACCUUUACCUUUAUUAUAGCAAUGACUGCUCAAAAAUGGCUAACAGCACACCCUGGUGGUGGACAGAACAAGCUCGUCAAUCAUGUUGCUUGCAUGGCCCGUUGUGGGCUUGUUUUUUGGGAUCGCAAGGCGCCUUUCUAUCCAACCAAAAUUAAUCAACGUGUGGAUAGGGCAGUUUUUAGUAAGAAAACUCAUACCCUGUUAACCCAGGAAGCCAAAAGCCAUUUAUUCUUUGGAAUAAGAAUGCCAGAUAAAAUAUUGAUUUGUUUUUUCCUAUUAUUCACAAUAUGUGGAGAUGUCGAAAUGUGUGUAUUUGAAAUGUCACCCAUUGUUUGGUGUUUGCCAAUUGGCAGGAAACUCGGAUUCUGUUCAUAGUAGUUAGUUAUUUUCUGGACAUUUCAAACCAGCGGGCUGGUUUUUUUUUUUUUUUUUUUAAUAUAGCCAUAUCCCACAGCAAAUAAAAAUACUUCAUCCUGAUUAAGUACCACGUUUAAUUAAUACAAAUGUAUCUAGGGUUUUUUUGUGUAUACAAGACUGCUUUUACGUGUUCAAAAAUUGGUCCUAUAUACUUGACCGUUUGCAACCUGUGAUUUUUGUUUUUAAUGAAAUAAAAGUAGAUACUGCUGUUACGAGCUCAUACAUCAAUGUUGACACUUUAUGGGACGCCGACAUACAUGGCCACUAGAGGGCGGACAUUACCCGCUAACGGCGAAGGACCUGAGUCACUCCUGUAAACUCGCUGGCUUCUGAGGCUGGUUCUCUGAAGAAAUCCGUAUUGAUGUUCCCUAGAGCCCUGAAUCCUGCACUUAAAGGGUGCCUCUUUCUAAAUGCUCGUUAAAACAGCACUUAAAACGGUGGCCAUUCGCUUUAUUAAACUCUCCACUGUAAAACUGUUAUUUCUUACUGUCCUCAUGAGCUAUGCACAGGAAUAUACUACUAAUUUAAAAGUUUAUAACAUUAAAGUUAAUAUAAGUGAUAAAUGUUUCCAUAACAUUUUUUCUUAACAUUUUAUCACGUUAUGUUAAGAGAACUAUAUAGAUGAUUAUUUUUAUGGUUUUCCAGAAAUGUUUUAUUUGUUUUUAAAUAAGACAGGUGUGAAAUUCGCUGCAAAUUCUAUUCGAAUACACUGUUCAAACAUGGUUUAAUUUGAAACGUGAAACGGUAUUACAAAGUAUAAUAAUACCAUGUGAGAGUGUAAUUCUAUAUUUUAAAUGUAACUAGAAAUCGCGUAAAUGUACAAUUUUUGCCAGAAUAAAGGUUACAUCGUUUUAUGAAGAAAA